AUGCCGGACAGUACACACAAAUUGGAGGAUAGAACCAUGAAUGAUGUAGUGGAGGUGGAAGAGGACACUAUUAGCCAAUUAUCUGAGCAGGAGAAACCCAAAUCUACAUGGCAGCUGGCCUAUCAAUACAGAGCAGCAAUACUCUGGUCAGCCUUCGUUGGUUUGGCUGGUAUCAAUUGGGGAAUGGACACACUUCUCUCGAACGGCGUAAUCGCAGUUCCCUCUUUCCAGAAAGACUUUGGAUAUCUCUUCAAUGACCAUUUCAUUGUCAGUGCUUCUUGGCAGAUUGAUUUCAACACUGCAUCAUCAAUCGGCGGCUGUUUUGGGGCAUUUGCAUCUGGAUAUUUGGCAGAUAAGAUAGGAAAGAGGUUUGCGCUUGGUAUCGGCUGCUUCAUUAGCAUUGGCGCGGUUUUCGCACAGCUAUUUGCGAAGCAGCCAGGAACGUUACUGGUGGGAAAGCUCAUCAAUGGCCUGUCGCUCGGCUCCUUCCUGGCAAUACCAUCCUCUUAUGCCGCGGAAAUCUGCCCUGUCGAGCUUAGAGGCCUCACAACCUCCGCUGUCCAACUGUUCAUCGGUUUUGGACAACUAGUGGCAAACCUUAUUCUCAAGGGCACUGGCACAUUGGACUCAGCGUGGGCGUAUAAGAUACCAUUUGCGCUACAAUUCGUCUUCCCAGUCAUCCUUCUAGUCGGCCUGCCUAUGUGCCCAGAAUCACCAUGGUACCUCCUCAGGUCUCGAAACCCGAACACAGCAACCAGCACGCUGGCACAACUCGGAUACGAUAAUCCUCUCAAAACACUCGCAGAAAUGCAAAAGACCAUUACAUUCGAGGAACAGAGGGUAGAAGCUACAACUUACCUCGACUGUUUCCGCGGUUCCGACCUACGGCGAACAGAGAUCGCCAUCGGAAUCUUCUCUGUCUCGCAACUGGUCGGUGUAGUUUUCGUCAUCGGGUACAGCAGUUACUUCUUCCAACUUGCCGGCCUAACACCUUCAGUGUCAUUCUCCAUGUCUGUUGGCGUCUCCGUCCUUGGUCUCGUAGGUGUCGUAUGUUCCUGGUUCUUGCUUAACCGAGUUGGCCGACGACCAACUGCUAUGUUCGGCACCAGCAUACUCGUCUUAAUUCUCUUCUUGAUUGGAAUCCUUGACGUUAUCCCUAUUCGAGCAAGCAACCUUGGUCCCGUCUACGGCCAAGUAGCUUGCAUCAUUGUCUUUGCGUUCAUCUACCUUCUCACCAUUGGGCCCGUGGGCUAUGCACUCUUCGCGGAGGUAUCAAGCUCACGUCUUCGAUCUCGUACAGUCAGUCUUGGCAUCGUGGUACAGAGUCUGUUCGGUAUCUUGAUGAAUAUCGUAAUCCCGCUUCUGAUCAAUCCUGAUGCUCCAGCUCUGGGUGGAAAAAUUGGGUUCAUAUUUGGGGGUACGGCGUUGAUGUCUGUUUUUUGGCUUUAUUUCAGGGUACCGGAGACAGCGCAUAGGACAUUUGAGGAGUUAGACUAUCUGUUUGCGAAGGGAGUUUCAGCGAGGGCGUUCAAAAGGGUGCAGGUGAUUGUUACUUAG